UUCCAACCUCUGGUUAUCCCACUUCUACAGACCACCUUUAAAACGAAUAUAUGUAAAUGAGCUCUGUUCUGAUUGGCUGCCCUGUAUUGCAAAUUGUUCAAAACAUGUUCCGGGUUGAAUCACUCCUUAUAAGAUGAGCGGAGACUCCGACAGGAAUAAAGAGUUCCUUGAGCAGCUCCGUCUGCAGGAGCUAUACGGCCAGAAACGGGAGGAUGGAGACGAUCCAUAUACGUACGUUGAUCCAGAAGAUGGAACUGUGUACGACUGGGACCAUGACAAGAAGGCGUGGUUCCCUAAGAUAACUGAGGACUUCAUUGCUGCAUAUCAAGCGAACUACGGCUUCAGUGAGGAUGGAACUCCUGACCCGACAGCUGCAGCUCCACCAGGAGAGACUCCACCAGAUAAGCCAAAGGAGGAGAAGAAAUUAGAAGAGGAGGAGAAGAAAUUAGAAGAGGAGGAGAAGAAGGAAAAGGAGGAGGAGGAGGAGGAGGAGGAGGAGAAGAAGCCAGAUUCGUCCAGCACUAAAGAGGUCAAACAGAAGGGGGAGAAGAGGAAAGCAGAGCCAGGCUGGUUUGAUAUCGAGGAAGAUAAAAACACAAAUGUUUAUGUAUCAGGUCUUCCUCCUGAUAUAACCCCUGAUGAGUUUGUGGAGUUCAUGUCUAAGUGUGGGAUCAUUAUGAGGGACCCGAUCACGGAGGAGUAUAAGGUGAAGCUCUAUAAGGACAGUGAGGGUAACCAGAAAGGAGACGGACUCUGCUGCUACCUCAAGAGGGAGUCAGUGGCUCUUGCGGAGCGUCUGCUGGACGACUCUGAGAUCCGAGGCUACCGGCUACACGUGGAGGCGGCUCGAUUUGAGCUGAAGGGUCAGUACGACGCCAGCAAGAAGAAGAAGAAGAACAAAGAGUACCGGAAAAAACUUCAGCAGCAGCAGAAGCAGCUGGACUGGAGGCCGGAGAAGACGGGGGAGGCACGGAAGAGACACGAGCGCGUGGUCAUCAUCCAGAACAUGUUCCACCCAAAAGACUUCGAGGAAGAUCCGCUGGUGCUGAACGAGUACCGAGAGGAUCUGCGGACAGAGUGUGAGAAAUUUGGGGAGGUCAAGAAGGUCAUCAUCUUUGAUCGACACCCUGACGGCGUGGCCUCGGUGGCAUUUAAAGAGCCGGAGGGGGCGGAUGUGUGCCAGGUGACGCUGGAUGGGCGCUGGUUUGGAGGGAGGAAGCUUUCAGCUCAGCUGUGGGACGGAGUUACAGACUAUCAGGUGGAGGAGACGUCGCGGGAGCGUGAGGAGAGGUUAAAGGGGUGGUCCACGUUUCUGGGGGAUGAAAAGGCUGCUGAGGCUGCAGGCCAGGCUAAAGACACUGAAGGAAUGAAGGAAGCAGAAAACUCCCAGGGGGCGGAGUCAGCAUCAGCCCCACCCACAGAUACAGCACCAUCACAGUCAGAAGAUGAAACGGCAGCGGAACAGCCGGAUGAAGCGGACGUGGAUUCCACAGACAGCAGCCUGGCGGGCAGUGACGACGAGGCUUAGGUCCAACCUGGGAAACACCGCAUACCUGAACAUUCAGACCUAAAACACUGGCCUGUCACUGACCCACCCAGGCUCCGCCCACUUUCAUACAUACUGUUGUGAGGAUGGACAUCUUUAGUGUUCUGAGUUCCAAACUGAGUCGGUUCUACACGUUUAAUGGGAUUUUUAACCGUGUUAUGCUUGUCCGACCCACAGUAGUAGCUAUGAACAAGUUUGUGGGUGGAGCCUGGGGGGGCAGUUCCUGUUUGUUUAUGUGUGUCCUGUCAUAUCAAAGCCAAGGGAGCGUUUUGAAAUAUGAAAUUGGGUUAAUAAGGUUAAUAAGUGUAAAAGUGUGUUUGUAUGAAUUCUCCUACCGACUGAUGGUUUUCCUGAGUGAAGCUCAUAUUUUAUAAUAAAAGUAAUGGAAGGAUCCAUAUAAUUGUGCAUCUUUAAA